AUGUCCCACAAAGUUGUACCAAGUCUCGUCAACGCUGUCUCAUUGAGCGGCCCACAGCCGAUCGAUGACGUUGCCUCAAGCCAACGUUGCGCCGUAUCUGGUUGUGGAAAAUGGGCCAUUGCUCAAUCCCGAUUUUGUGCUGAUCUAUUGUAUCGUGUCAAGCAGUUGGCCGAUGAUGAGCUGGUGACUACAAAGUAG